AGCACCCAGAAGUGAACAGGCUGACCCGGAAGCUGAGCUGUCUGGAGGCGCAUAGAGAACAUCCAGCCUCAUCUCUGCUUUAUUAAAGCCUCUUCUGCGAGAAAUAAAAACAUACUCUGACAUCGAUAUAGAAGAAGGAUGGCAGAGCCUCGUUUCAAUAAUCCAUAUUUCUGGCCACCUCCUCCCUCUAUGCCUAGUCAACUGGAUAACCUGGUUCUUAUCGACAAGAUCAAAGAGCAACUGAUGGCAGAAAAAAUUAGAUCUCCGCAUUUGCCGCCCACCACUGUUUCCUCUCAGCAGACUCUGCUGGUGGCCUCUCCACCUUCAGAUGGUGGACAACACGUGAUGUCUAUCCCCAAGCUGCAGCAGGUGCCGGGUCUUCAGUCCCACAACUCCUCUCAGCCUGACAUCGCCCUGCACGCCCGUCCAGCAUCCAGCACCAUCGCAGAGCUGAAUAUAGAUGACAAGUCUGCAGUGAAGGCAAAGGGAUUGUGGGAAGACUGGCAUAUGCGACAAGCGGUGGACCAAGCCUCCAGAGCGAAUCAUCGCUCAGGUCUCAUGCUGUCAUCCCGCUCAGAAAGCCACAACACCUCUGAGGCUAUAACUCCCACAACCCCGACGUCUAGCAGCCAGCACCGUUUGGGCGGCGCACCUUCCUUAAACACCAUUUCUGGCCUGGCCAGCGGUCCUGGGAUGGAGCAUGUGAAAAGUGGAGGUCUGGUGGGGAUGCUGGGACCACAGCCCAAAGCUCCACGAGGCCGCAAGAAGAUUAAAGCAGAGAAUAAUACUGGGCCUUUGCUGGUGGUUCCCUAUCCGCUUCUGGCCUCAGGCCCUGACCAGGCGGUUACCAUCGCCAAAGAGGGAAAAACAUACAGGUGUAAAGUUUGUCCCCUUACUUUCUUAAACAAGUCAGAGAUGCAGAUUCAUUCCAAGUCCCACACGGAGGCCAAACCCCACAAGUGCCCUCACUGUUCAAGGUCAUUCGCCAACGCCUCAUACCUAGCACAGCACUUACGUAUUCACUUAGGCAUCAAGCCCUACCACUGCUCCUAUUGUGAGAACUCCUUCCGCCAGUUAUCACAUCUCCAGCAGCACACCAGGAUUCAUACUGGUGACAGACCAUAUAAAUGUGCCCAGCCAGGAUGUGAAAAGGCAUUCACACAACUCUCAAACCUACAGUCUCACCAGAGACAACAUAACAAAGACAAGCCAUACAAGUGUCCCAACUGCUACCGCGCAUACACAGACUCCGCCUCCUUACAGAUCCAUCUCUCUGCACAUGCCAUCAAGAACGCUAAAUCGUACUGUUGCAGCAUGUGUGGUCGUGCAUACACCUCAGAGACCUACCUUAUGAAGCACAUGUCCAAACACACUGUGGUGGAACAUCUGGUCAGUCACCAUUCCCCACAGAGAACAGAAUCUCCCAGCAUCCCCAUACGCAUUGCACUUAUUUGAGUCCCCCUCAUGUUUCUCUUGAAUUAAAAGGUAUUUUGUUCACUGCGAUGGUCUUCCGUUAAAAAAAAAAGAAAAAGUAUAACACGAACAGUGUUAAGAGACCUCGGAGAACAUUUGAGUCUGAUAUUGUCUUUACCCUUUUAGCUCUUAGUGAUUUUAUGUAGUGAUCAUUUAAACAUUUGGUUUCAAAGGUGUGUAAGGGAGACUUCCAAAGAUACUCUUUAAGCACUUUUUUAGCCUUGUGGUUUUGGCUCAAAGUAGAAUGAAUCUUUUCAGAAUAGGAGCAGCUUCUCGCUUUGGGCAGCUAUGAGAGUUUAAAACUUCGUUUUAGAAAGUCCGACGGAUUUGGUUGGUUUCCGUCUCCACUUCUCCUCCUUGUCAUUUGUUUUAACAGGAUAUUGUGUAUUAUUUUGCUGUGGAUAUGACACUUCUACCACUUUAAGCUUCUAUUAUCCUUUUUUAUGGGGUAUAAGGUCAUGCUGGAGAAAUGAAAAGUGGGUUCUGUGUGCCGUGACACAGUUGCGUUAAAGUCAAUUUUGUGAAUUUUAUAAGCAUGGUCAUUGCCCUAGUAGUUUUGAGAUGACGGAAUUCAGAGAAAUCCCCUGCUAACAUAAAAGAGUGUAAAUAAGAUGUUACACUCUCUAAAAGAAUGACUUGUGCUAUUUGCAUCAUUAAUGUUUUACAUAGGCCUUUUCGUUUGCAAUGCUAAUGUCCUCCAUUCCAAUCAUAGUAUAUUAAAGAAAAAGUGUCCUUUUUGUCAUUUUUUUAAUUAAAUGGCAUAAUUGCAUGAUGACAAUGUCCAUUAAAUGGAUUUUCGUCAUGAUGUGACCGAGGAAGUGUCAUACAGGUUCAGUGUUUUUAUCUAAAUCACAAAUUUACCGUGUAGCCUGACCUCUGAACUCCGUUAAGUGUUAAUCCCUCUAUUCUUCCCGACACAAGCAAUGCAAAAGCACCUUGAGACAUUAAAUUACACCGAUGGAAAGUUUUCAUGAGGUUUGUUUUAAUAUUAAGAUAUAAUCUAAUAGCAGUGGCCUAUUUAGAAAUUUUUUUAUUUGUCAAAUUUGAAUUUUGUACACCAGAAUAUCAGUAAUCAUGUUUUAAGAAAAUCAAGUAUACAAAAAAAAAAGCUAAUUUUGAAUGUAGUCGUGUUCAUUUCCCGCGUUGCAUUUCUGUUACAUAAAUUCAUCCAAAAACGAAUAACUCUAUAAAUCUGGUAUGUUUUGCUGAUUUAUAUAUAUAUAUAAGCAAACCAGCAUACAAGCUGAUAAAACAUUUUUAACAGUAGUGGGCAGCAGUACAAAAUGUUCUUACUGAGUUAAAGCACACGUGAUCUUAUUGAAUUAUUCUAGCCAAAUUUGAUCAUAUGUGAUCAUACCAUAUGUAAUUUCACAGGCCACAACACUGCAGCUCUACAACAUUCAUUUAUUUUUGUAGUCAUUUAUACCAGUCAUUUGUUAAGCUUAUUGUUUUUUUAUUCCUGUAUAUUUAGGAAACAUUUUUUGUUUGCAAAGGACCACGUUGUUGCUCUCAAAUGCCCCAAAAUAUAUAUAAUGAACAUAUAUAUAUACAGUUUAGCUGAUUUGUUACACAGUAAUGGUUUACUGGGCAAAAGGAAUUUUUUUCUUUAAAGGUGCUGUAAGUUUUUGACUUUACUAAAGCAUAAAAAUACCAUAAUAUGUUUGCAGCUAUUUAAGAAACAUGCCAAGUUAACAUACUUUUUAAAUCUAUGCUACAGUCAGUUGUUCUCCUUUGAAAAUGUGCAUUCAGAGCCGGAAUGUAAGUUUUUGACUUUACUAAAGCAUAAAAAUACCAUAAUAUGUUUGCAGCUAUUUAAGAAACAUGCCAAGUUAACAUACUUUUUAAAUCUAUGCUACAGUCAGUUGUUCUCCUUUGAAAAUGUGCAUUCAGAGCCGGAAUGUCUGUCUCUGUUUUGGUUUGUGAAACCCGCCCACUGCUAGUUUACCUAACUGUAUUUCGGCACGCCGGGUUGCCAGUUGAUGGAAAACACAGCGUAUUUCAUUUCAUUCAUCGUCAAUUGCGCUUGUUCCUGUUUGUGUCCUCAAUCUGGCAACCUGUGUGUGCAUCAACUGAGGAGGAGGGGCCAGGUGAAAAAACCCGCUCCAGUAUUUUACAUUUGGACUGCAGUACCUAGUUCAACCACUCGGUGUCAAUCAUACAUACAGCACCUUUAAUAUUUGGGAAUGUAACAAUUUUAGAAAACAGCAAUUUGAUGAGGAGCUACUUGUUCUUGGUGCUUUUUAUAAAACCUCAUCUUAUUGCCAGGAAUAGAUUAUUACAUUACAGUAUAAUCCUGGCUUGUUCAGCCUCAAAUCCACUUUAAAUCAGUAAGACAUGUACAUUUACUAUAAAAUACACCCUGUAUUCAUUGAUAGUGCAAAUUGCAAGGGUUAGAUACUGUACUUUAAUCAUUUUUGUAUCUGUUUAGUAUAUUUCAACUUAUUAAUUUUUAUUUUCUGUAAGUACUGAUCAUUGUUUUUAUAGGCAUCCUUGUCAUCUUUAUGUGUACGCUUUAUUUUAUCAUCGCUGAAAGACCGGUUUCUUUCUCUUUCUCGUCAGUGUUUUUCAGUAUUCGGUUUUCUUAAGUCUUUUUUCCGCAUGGAACACAGUAAUCGUUAUUAACUGUUAACAUGUAUUAUGUAAGACAUUGUUAUGUAUGUUCUGAAAUAACUCACGUUUUCCUUCGUCUUGCAUUGUGGUUUCAUAUAAAUAUGCACAGACAAGACUGAGGUGAAUUAAGAAAAUAUCAAUGUCAAGAACACUUUGUAUCUCUAUCUUGUUUAUUAAAUUCAGACGGUUAUACUUG